GUGAUCGGUGGAGGUGUGACAGCUCAAAACAUCUUAUUUCCGCUGGAUAAACAUUUGAUUCUGGAUUAGUUUGGACUUCACUUGAGGUAAUACGUGUCUCAGCAAAAACAAACCAGAGGCUGCUUUGGGUUGAGAUUCUCUCUGAUUGUGCUCCAAAUUGUGUUUGCCACUGUUUAUCAAAUCAUCAUCACUAUUCAUUUUGGAUUGAUCCCUUAUUCUGAGGUCUACUAGACAAUAACAUCUCUUGAAUUCAUCCAUUUAAAGACAAGACUUCUUCAGAAUCUCUUCCCUCGACUCCUCCUUCCCUCGACUCCUCCUACUCAGAAUGGCGAUGUCUCCCCCAUGCUAACGUGCCUGCCAUGUCUGCAAAGUCUCGAUCAAAACACACACAACAGAAAACACGUGGUAAGCGGCUGGAAGAGAUGGCACGCAAGAAAGUCGAACGUCAGGUCCGCCAUGCCUACCAACAAGAGAAAAUGAUGCAGUCCUAUUUGGCCGAUGAUGAAAAUUAUGGGAAUUUCACGUCGCAGCUCGGCAAGAUGGGACUACAGCUCAGGGAUAUUCCUGGUGACGGGAAUUGUCUAUUCCGUGCCCUUGGUGACCAGCUUGAAGGUCACUGUCGUAACCACUACAAACAUCGGCUCGAUACGUGUCAGUUUAUGGUCGAACAUCGCAAAGACUUCGAACCGUUUGUAGAAGAUGAUGUGCCUUUUGAACGAUACAUUAUUCAGUUGAAGAAACCCGCUACGUACGGAGGUAACGAUUCCAUUGUUGCUUUUGCCCGUCUCCACGGCGUCAAUGUUGUGAUACACCAAAUGAACUCCCCGCCUUGGAUGAUUCAGGGCAAUGAUAACACCAAAUCGCGCCAACUCCAUAUCUCCUACCACAAUGGCGACCAUUACUCCAGCGUGAGAAAAACUGGCGACAAUACAGAGUCACCGGCAUUUAUCAAGUUAAAGUCCCCAAUCUCAUCAGCGGCCGACACGCCGAAUGGCACCACAACAUUUGAAGAAACUGUGAUGAAUUCCUAUGUUGAAGAUGAAGAAGCCCACGUGGCACGUGUUGUAAAAAGUGCCGAUGAUGUCGAGGACCAUAUCAUGAAAAUGACGGGUUGCUCAGAUCGGCUGAUGGUCCGUGAUACUUUACAAGAUAAUUUCUACAACGUGGAUUCCUCCGUCGAUGCCAUUUUAGCAAUCAUGUCUGUGUCGAAUGGGACGCAACAAGACGACACCUCAUCUUUAGGAUCUCACCAAACGUACGAUAGCGGUAUUUGGUCGGAAAACGGCACGGCGACAAGGAUAUUUGGUGGCGAUAUUACCAACGGUGAUUCGUGUGAACAAGCAUCUUUAAGUUCUGGCUACGAUUCAAUAAACAGUCAGGGAGGAACAGGCGCGAGACCAAAAACGAAACCUCAGGCACAUAUGGGCAGCAGACAAACACGUGUUGUGAAAAAACAACAAAAGAAACAACGCGCUACGGAAAGACAUCGGCAAAAAGUUUCCGGUCCUGGAGGCCAGGUUGUGAAUAACUGUGACAGUUCAGACCCAGAAGAGACAGUUGUGAAUGGAAUGGGAACACUGAAAAUAUAGGGUGAUGUCAUCAUGUCACAACAGGUCUUAGGUUGUUAAUGUAGAAGUGGUUUUUACUUUGUCUUGAUACUAUUUUUGGAUUUAUGAAAUUAGGGAGUUCAGACAGGUUGUGACUUUGUCUUUAAGGUAAUAUUUGGAUACGCGAGAUAUUGUCAAGAAUGGUAAUAACGAGGUCUGACAGGUUGUGACUUUGUCUCCGAGACUGCUUUGCAGCAAUACUGGGCUGCCUGUGGUAAUGAUCUCGGAAUAUCCAAAUUGAAUUUUCGUUCAAUCUCAAAGUAAACUCCACUGACCCAUCUGAAGAUUGUAAAAUAGGCUAACUUUAAAAAACAGUUGGAAUUUGUAAUAUAAUGUAAAUAGGACAAUGAUGAAAGGCAAAUAAACUUAACUUAUUUCGUA